AUGCUUUGUUUUACUGUUCCCGGCGACAUGGGUUCGAGUCCGUUUGUGGGCAUUACCGGCGGAGCGUCAGAUAAAACCCACGGGUCCCGGUGGCGUGUGCACGACAAUGGCGGUGGUCAUUCACCGACUGUGCACUACCUGUUUGUUUCGUUUCUGUUGUGUAGUUCGGUUGGGGUUUUCUACAUCUUUUAUUUGUUCAACAACCCUAAUUUGAAUUAUAAUAAUUCACUCGGUUGUCAAGAGGAUAACGAUGGUUCAUGGGCAAUCGGAGCUUUCUAUGGUGAUUCCCCUUUUUCUCUUAAACCCAUCGAAGAUAUGAAUAUUUGGGACAACAAAAGCGCAGCAUGGCCUGUAGCGAACCCAAUUUUGACUUGUGCUUCUGUUACUAAUUCUGGGUUCCCAAGUAAUUAUGUCGCUAACCCUUUUCUUUAUGCUAAGGAUGAUUUUCUUUACAUAUUCUUUGAAACCAAGAAUGUGAUAACAAUGCAAGGAGAUAUUGGGGUUGCAAGAAGCAAUGAUAAUGGAGUAAAUUGGGAACAACUAGGAGUAGUUUUGGAUGAAGAUUGGCAUCUUUCGCAUCCAUAUGUAUUCAACUACAAUCAUCAAAUAUACAUGAUGCCUCAAGGAAGUGGAACCCGUGACAUUCGUCUUUACAAAUCAAUCGAGUUUCCUUUCAAAUGGAAACUCGAAAAGAUCAUUUUACAACGCCCUUUGGUCAAUUCCGUCAUCAUAUACCACGAAAAUAUGUAUUGGAUUUUCGGUUCUUACCAAACCCGGUUGACCUUCGGUGACCUUGAAAUCUGGUAUAGUAAAACCCCGUUUGGGCCGUGGACCCCACACAUGAAAAACCCGUUUUCCGGACCACGAAACGGAGGCCGACCCUUCAUUUACAACGGGAAUCUUUACCGAUUAGGUCACAGUGAAAACAUCCGUGUGUUCAAGAUCGAACAUCUUACAACUCACCAUUACAUAGAAUCGGAAGUCGACUUCAAACUUGAAAAGUCAACAAAAGGUAUAAACGCAUGGAAUGGGGCCCGAUCUCACCACUUGGAUUUCCAACGAUUGAGAACCGGGGAAUGGGUCGCGGUUGCAGAUGGGGAUCGGACCCACUUUGGGGAUGUGACAAGUAGACACGUGGUUGGGUGUGGUUUGAUUAUCACCUCUGGUUCAAUCGUUCUUUUAACCUGUUGGUUGCUAGGGUUUAUCAAGUGCUUCAUUCCACUCACACAUAUGAAGAAAAGAAACGAUUCCAUUUUAAAUUGGGAGAGAUUGAAAUUGAGACUCCGGUUGCAUCAAACAAUUAACCCUAAUACUUACAUGGGUAAGUUUAUUUUAACGGUUCUUUUAAUAUUAUCAAUCGUGAUAGCAUGUAUUGGAUUCGGGUACAUGUAUGGGGGAAACGGGUCGGAAAAACCGUAUCCGGUUAACAACCAUUUUUCACAAUUCACUUUAUUAGCAAUGACAUAUGAUGCCCGAAUGUGGAAUUUGAAAAUGUAUGUAAAUCAUUAUUCCAAAUGCGCAUCGGUUCGCGAAAUUUUGGUGGUUUGGAACAAAGGGAAACCGCCAAACCCAUUGGAAUUGGAAUCUGCGGUUCCGGUUCGGAUCCGGGUCGAGGAGAAAAACUCGUUGAACAACCGGUUCCGGGUCGACCCGUUUAUCAAAACCAAAGCGGUUCUCGAACUGGACGAUGACAUCAUGAUGAAUUGUGAUGAUCUUGAACGCGGGUUUAAAGUCUGGCGGGAAAACCCGACCCGGUUAGUCGGGUUUUACCCACGGUUAGUCACCGGGCCGUCACCGUUAAAGUACCGACCCGAGAAACAUGCCCGGAAACAUGACGGGUAUAAUAUGGUUUUGACCGGGGCGGCGUUUGUUGACCGGGAAUUCGCGUUUGAGAGGUAUUGGAGUGAGGAAGCGGAAUUGGGAAGGAAAAUGGUGGAUGAGGUUUUUAAUUGUGAGGAUGUUUUGAUGAAUUUUUUAUAUUCCAAUUCUACCCCUGGGGGGCAUUCGGUGGAAUAUAUAAAACCGGCUUGGGCGAUUGAUACGUCCAAGUUUUCCGGGGUUGCGAUUAGUGGGAAUACACAAGCGCAUUAUCGGGUGAGGGCCCCUACCACUUCACCUAUCACAACAGCAGCCCUUGCUGUGACUUCCGAGAACUCUUCAACACAUGCUGCUGAUUCAUGGCCAUUUCCAGUUGGGACAGACGCUUCUAAUAAACCUGCACUGGUUGGCUUUUCAAGUGGAUACAUUCGUAUGUCGGGCAUUCAAUCUACUGAUGAUUCUCUUUCUCAUCCAUCUGGUUUCUCAAAUUUGAUUUAUGGAGAAAAAGAUGUAUUCUCAGAAAGGCUCAUUCAACACUGA